UUUUAUGUAAUUGAAGGUGCAAUAAGAAACGUAAGUUGUAGUCCGAAGUUCAUGAGCCCCACGUGGGGGUGACGUCACAGUUUGUAGCAGGCACGACUGGUAGUGACGCUAGUCACGAAUGGGAGGCACGUAGAACGAAGUUUAUGAACUUGAGAAGUAGUGUCAGGUGGCUUGUUUAAGUAAUCACAGCGAUCUACAAGGGAAUGUUUCGUGUGGACCUGGGACAGUAAGCAUUACCAGCGUGGUUUAUUUUAACAGGAUCUGUAGUUGAUUGGAAAGAAUAUUUCUAGUUACUUGUUUUGGCGUAUAUUGAAACCUUGACAGUGAGAAAAUGUGACAUUCUUAUGUAUGGUUUAUGCUCUGAAGACGCUCAAGGUCCUUUGAAAACUUUUGCUUCUGUAUUGUCUUUUAUAUUUUGUUCUCUUCAAAGCAGAAGGUAAUUGUAUAUCUCACUUAUUAGUUUGUGAGAUUUACCACCGGAAGUUUAGAAAUGCUUGGACUAGAGACUUUCUAAGUGUGACUGAAACUAGCUAGUUGCUCCAGUAGCUGAGGUCCUGCCGACAUCAAGUUUCCAAUGGGCGCUUCUGUGGGGAAGGGAGUCUCUAUUUUGGACAGCCUUCCCCCGAAUCAGUCUCUUCACGUGGUGAUGCUUGGUCUGGAUUCGGCAGGAAAAACAACAGCUUUGUACCGGCUUAAGUUUGAUCAGUACUUGAAUACGGUUCCAACAAUAGGUUUCAAUUGUGAAAAAAUCAAAGGGACAACCGGGAAAGCUAAAGGGACAAGUUUCAUGAUCUGGGACGUUGGCGGACAGGAUAAAUUAAGGCCUCUGUGGCGAUCAUAUACACGAUGUACAGAUGGUAUUGUUUUCGUUCUGGACAGCGUCGAUGUGGAGAGAAUGGAGGAAGCAAGAAUGGAACUUUUACGGACUGCUAGGUGCCCAGAAAACUCGGGAGUGCCUAUCUUGGUGCUGGCUAACAAGCAGGACCUUCCUGGAGCAAAAAGUCCCCAGGAUAUCGAAAAACAACUUGCUUUGAAAGAUCUAGGAUCAAAUCACUUGUGGUACGUUCAGCCAGCGUGUGCGAUAAUUGGAGAAGGACUGGAUCAAGGGCUUGAGGUUUUGCACGACAUGAUAAUUAAACGUCGUAGAAUAAUCAAACAAUCAAAAAAGAAAAGAUAGGAGUGGUAUGAAACUUUAAAACUGUUUUACUUUAGAAAAACAACUUAAAAUGUGAACGUUUUAAAAACAGGUGUAUAGAAUUUAUUUAAUCAAAGAAAUUCUAGACAUUUGGUGCAAUUGAUCUCCAAGUCAAAACGUUGUUUCAAGUGAGACAAGUAAUAACAUAAUAACUGGAAUAAUUAUCAAAUACUUGUUACUGAAAUACGUAGUGCUCAUGCUAGUGUUGCAAUAUUUUACAGUUUACUGCCAGUGCUGGAAAAUGUUAACACUCAGUGUUUCAACAUGUUCGUUUACUAUUAACAUAUUACAUUUAACUGUCAGAACUUGAAUGUGCUACAGCUUACUGUCAAUUUUAUAAAACUUGUGAAAAAGCUCACUGAAAACAUUCUAGAAAUGAACAAAUUGUGUUGUUUUUUUCCACUGAUGGUUCGUUAUUUGUGUAAUGAUUGUUAACAACAAUGUUUAUCUUAUACAAAAUCUUUUAUAGAUAAACAAAUUACUAUGAUAUUUUUGAUACCCAGAAAUACAAAAGGCCAGUCUAUUUCUAUCACAUUGCUAUAUGAGAACAAGAAGCAUCAUGAAUUGUAAUAUGUAAUGAACGAUUUUAAUAUUUUUUCUACUUGUGCAAUACGAAAGUAAAAAAGAAAAAAAAGCAAGCUCACGUGAAUUUUUUAAAUGAUUUUUAUAUACUUCUUUGUUUCGGCAUGUAAUUAUUAGAUGUAACGAUAAUUAAAUAAUUUAUAGAUACUUUG